AUGUUUGACAUAAUUGUCUCCCCCAGCUCCCCACAUCAAACCCUCCACUCCGGAAUCGGCACAGUCUACACCCAAGACGGCCGCGUCGGCUCCUGCGGCACCUCCCACGACGACUCCGCCUUCGUCGUCGCCCUCGGAAACGACUGGAUGCACCACCGGUACCAGGCCUCCGAGUGCGGCCGCCAGAUCCAGGUCACCAACAAGGGGUCGCGUCACCACGUCGGCGGCGAGGGUAACACCAUCACCGUCACCGUCCAGGACACCUGCGCCAGCUGCGACGCCGGCCACGUCGACUUUAGCCAUGCCGCGUGGGACGCGCUGACAGACGGGAGCCCGCCCGGGCAGGUUGAUCUUGAGUGGACUUGGCUGUAAGAGUAAAUGUAGAACAUAAAAAAGAGGAGGACUGUGCUUACUGUUAUGGGUUUUAUAUAAACGCAUAUGAGCCUGAACAGAGAGUAGAUUCUGUGCUUGCCGCUGGUAUUUGUUCCAAGCACGUUAAAAAACAAUGCAUUUACAAUCCUGUCGACCAUCAAAAUCACCAAAAGAAAAGGCAAGCGCUUCUAUUCCAUUUGAUGCCUGUUGUCUAUCAAUGACCAUAACCUCCCCCUCUUUGUCCAUGUGUAUAACCCAGUGCCCUUCACCAACGAUGUAACCAUGGAAAAAAACAUCACCUUCCCCAACGCCAAUAACUCCCAAAAGAAAAAGCAAGCGUCAACCAUCCCGUUAAAGACUUGUCAAAAAAAAAGGGUAUCUCGCUCUAUCCACCCAUCAAUAUCCUCCGCUGUAUGCCACUGGCCCCCAAUCGAAUCUACCACAGUCAGAAAAAUUAAAAAGACAUCACUGCCAAUCCAAACUCCCCGCCUGCCACCCCAUCUUCUCAUUCCUCCUCGAGGCCGUCUCCCUGCUCUCCUCCUUGGCCAUGCUGGCCUUGAUGAUCAUGCACUGCUGGCACCGCUGCGCCUUGUUCGACUUGCCCGUCCGCCCGACGUCCACCGCGCCGCAGUACUUGUGUGUGAUCUCGUCAUCCCAGUUCUGCGGCUUUUGACCCGCCACCUUGGUCUUGGAGUCGUAGGAUUUGCCCAUUUUGUUCUGUUUCGAUCCCGCGGAAAGAGGGAGGGAGGGGGUUCUUUGUUGAGAUAGGGGUUGCUAUGGUGGUGGCCCCAGUAAGGUAGGCGGGUUUGGGGCUCGCUGGGCUGUUGGGGAAAGGAUGAUAUUCGAGGAAGUCGCAGGUAGAACGAUGACGAUGUUUUCUUCCAGUCCACCGAGGUAUGUAAAUAGUCUGUGUGAGAUCGUGUAGGUGUUGCUGUGAAAGCGUGGU